UCAACAUCGUGAGGCAUAAAAAUAGUGACGCAUAAAAAUUUGUAAACUUUUCAACACCUUAUCUCUCACAGCCGUGGAAUAUUAUAUUAUGAAUGAAUACUAGGUAACUCUUAUUGCCAUUUAUGAUUUAUACAACAUUCAUUCAUUCAAGUCAAUAAUGCCGAUUCCUUCUGCUGCUUUGGCAAAUAUAUAUAUAUGGCUUCUGCUACAGGUAUUUGUCUUUCUCUACUAGUUUCUUAGCUAUCAGAUAACUUUUUUCUUUGGGAAUACCAUGAGUGGUAUUCUCAGGCUUAGUCAUUUAGCAGUAUAGAUUGAAAUUGAAAGCAUUGAAACUCCGAACCCUUAGUCAAGUAAACUCAGAUACCAUGUAGCUGAUUGUUAGGGAUGAAAGUUUAAACAAAUUAGUACGGAUUCAAGGUUGAUGUUGAAUGUUCUUCAUUUGCAUGCUUGUGGGUGUUUAAAGCAGACUGUGAAACCAUGGGUCCAUGAGAGCUAAUAGUUUGAAAUAAAAGAAUAUAGUUGGGAACAAGCAGAUAUCUUAGCCGAAUAUCUGAUAUUUUCUCCAACACGAAGCUAGAUCCAGUUUUCUUUGUUUCAUUUUGAUUACUUAAAAGGUAAAAAAAAUGAUCCCAAAAACCCAAUUUGUUUAUCCUGUUCUCCUGCUGAUGUUCUCAUCCCACAUACUCAAAUAUUCAAAUGCUGUGGUGGACACAAUCUCACCAGGGCAACAGCUGAAUAUCUCACAAACUAUAGUAUCAGCUGGUAAAAUGUUUGAAUUAGGAUUUUUUUCCCCUACCAAUUCAACCAAUUACCAUAUGGGAAUUUGGUACAAGAAUAUCCCGGGGAAAACAGUUGUUUGGAUAGCAAACCGAGAUUAUCCUGUCACUGGUUCCGCAGUUCUAAGUAUUAGUGUUGAUGGUAACCUAGUGAUCAGGCAUGGUAGGAUAGUCUACAUGGUGACAGAUAUAGUAACUAAUGGAAAUGUCACUGCUACAUUGUUGGAUUCGGGAAAUCUUGUUGUGAGAGAUGAAAAAUCUAACACCUUAUGGCAGAGCUUUGACUUCCCUUGUAAUACUUUCUUGCCUGGGAUGAGACUUGGAUAUGAUAACAGGAAUGGAAAAAGCUGGUCAUAUAUCUCUUGGAAAAGUGAUGAUGACCCAAGUCCUGGAAAUUACACCUUGAAAUUAGAUUCUGAACAAGGAAAUAGGAUUCUGAUAUUGAAUGGAGAUGAUGAAUACUGGAGAUCUAAGCUUUGGGAAGAGGAUUCCAACGUAUUUGAGAGCCCUCCAGAAGUGAGAUUGAACAUGUUCAAUUUUAGCUUUGUUUCUAAUCUCUCCAUAACUUAUCUUACUUACAACCUCUAUAGGGAAGACCUCAUUAGUAGAUUGAUGAUUGAUUCAAAUGGACGGCUAAGACAGUUUUCAUGGUCGGGAAAUGAGUGGGAUGUGUUGAACUCCCAACCUAGAAACGCUUGCGAUGUUCUUGCUUACUGUGGAGGCAAUUCGAGCUGCACCGAAGUUCCAUCACCAAAUUGUAGCUGUUUACCUGGAUUUAAACCAAACUCACCAGAACUUUGGAACAAAGCAGACUAUAAGUUUGGAUGCUCAAUGAUAAGUGGUUUGCAGUGUGGCAAUGACACUAACAUCAAGGGUGCAGAGGAUGGAUUUCGUAUGCUGUCUAAAGUAGUACUUCCAAAGAACCCGCUGCCUCUACAGGCUCAGACUCUAAGUGAUUGCCGUUCAUCCUGCUUGAAUGACUGCUCCUGUGCUGGUUUUUCUUAUAUCAGUCAAAGUUGCUCCAUCUGGAUUGGUGAACUUAGGAAUUUGCAGCAACUUUCAGCUGAUGACAUUUCUGGCACAGAUUUUUUUCUCAAGCUACCGGCUGCUGAAUUGGGUACAGGAAAACGCACACCAAGUAAGAGGAAGCAGUUAAUUAUUAUUAUAUCAGUGACCAUCUCAGCGUCGAUUCUUGCUUCAGCCUUGUUCAUUUGGAAAGUGAAGAUGAAAAUGCACAAAAGAACAGGGGAGGACUUGUUAUCGUUUGAUCUUAGCAUUAGUCCAGAACCUACCAAAAAUGAACAAUCUGGUGUAAAACAACGCCAGAAACAUAAGAAGGAAGUGGAGAUUCCAAUCUUCAGCUUUUCUAGCGUUUCUGCUGCCACAAACAACUUCUCCCUCUCAAAUAAACUUGGAGAAGGUGGUUUUGGACCUGUAUACAAGGGAAAAUUAUUGAAAGGGAAUGAAGUAGCUGUAAAAAGGCUGUCAAGAAAAUCUGGACAAGGUUGGAAUGAGUUAAAAAAUGAGGCAGUGCUCAUAGCCAAACUCCAACACAAGAAUCUUGUGAAACUUCUUGGUUGUUGUAUUGAAGGAGAUGAAAAGAUUCUUGUCUAUGAGUAUUUGCCAAACAAGAGCUUAGACUUAUUCCUCUUUGGUACCAAUAACAUUUUUACACUAGCUUGGGGAACUCGUAUUCGGAUCGUUGACGGGAUUGCUCAAGGUCUACUUUAUCUCCAUCAAUUUUCCAGGCUACAGAUUAUUCACAGGGAUUUGAAGGCCAGCAACAUUUUGUUGGAUGAAGACAUGAAUCCAAAAAUUUCAGAUUUUGGGAUGGCAAGAAGUUUUGGAGGCACCGAACCACAAGCAACCGACAAAAUUGUUGGAACUUAUGGCUACAUGGCUCCUGAGUAUGCUCUCGAAGGUGUCUUCUCUGUGAAAUCAGAUGUCUUCAGCUUCGGAGUUUUGUUGUUAGAGAUUUUAAGUGGCAUGAAGAACACUGGCUUUUAUCAGAGCAGUUCCCUCAAUCUUCUAGGAUAUGCAUGGGAUCUGUGGAUAAGCAGUAGGCCAUUGGAGUUGAUGGAUAUUGUAAUGAAAGAUAGUUCUUGUGCCAAUGCAGCAAUUAGAUACAUUAACAUUGCACUUCUGUGUGUUCAAGAACAUGCAGCCGACAGACCAACCAUGUCUGCGGUUGUCCUGAUGCUGAGCAAUGAACUUACCAGCUUACCUUCUCCAAAAAAACCAGCUUUCUCAAAUGUCAGAAGUAUGGUAGACUCAAUCCCAAAUCCAAGUCACUGGAAGCCAGAGACCUGUUCUGAGAACGAACUAACAAUCUCAGAUAUGGAUGCUCGAUGAAACUUUGUAUUUGCUUACCUUUUUAUUUUUUUUUUAUUUUCCUCUUUUUCGAUUCAUCAACAAAAUUAAUUGCAGGGGUUUCCCAUUAUAUAUAAAAACACCAACUUUAAAAUUAUAAA